UUUAUGUCAUCGGCCAUUUGAAAAUAGAAAUUAUCGAGUCCAUCAAUCAAAUAAUUUAGAAUUGAAAUAAAAGCGAAAAAAAAUGGAGCAACUGGAUUUCGGAAGAGAGUUUCGAGAAGCGAGCUUCGGAGACGGCAACGCGAAUAACCAACGAAAUCGCUCCACCAUCUAUCGAAUAUUAAAAGUCAUAGUCCACGUAUUUUAUGAAUUAAAAAAAUGGAUCUCCUUUAUGAUAGAAUGGUUCGAGAUUAUUGCCAAUGUCCCGCUUAACUACUUGAAGGAAAAAAAGAUCAUCGUUCACCCAGACACUCUGGCCGAGUUCAAUCAGUCCCGUGGUUGGAAAACAGCUGUCUACAAGGGCGUGGAGUUCCAUCCCAACUGCCCCUACGAGCUGAUGGCCUUGCUGACCUAUCACGAUAUCGUGGUGCUCCAUGACGAGCGGAGCAUCGCACCUACAAAGUUCAGUGCCUACGAGCAAAAGAACGCAACUUGCAUGGCAUUUCGACCUUGGUCGCAUGGCUAUGAAUUGGCUGUGGGAUGUGCGGCCGGAAUUUUCCUCUGGACCAGUAAUGUAAGAUCUUGCCCGGACUUUGAAAUCCGCGACAAACAAACCCGCACUCGCAUGCAACUGCUGAAGGACGAUGGACACGUCUAUGUAACGUCGCUGCAGUGGAACGAAGAUGGCACAACUCUUGUCAGUUCUUCCCUGGGUACGAAUCACAUUAUUAUGUGGGAUCCGGACAGCCGCCAGAAACUGCGUUUGAUUCCGCAUCCUGGCAAUGGAUGCUCCUUCUUCCUACUGAAGUACACUCCGAACUUUCGCGCCCUGCUCUGUGGCCAAUGCGACGUGGGAGCUAGCCUCUGUGUAGUGGGCGGCCGCUCCAACUGGCGACGGUUUCAGGUCCUGACGGAACACAAGAUUCAGACAGCGGGUUGGACCUGCUGCAGCACCUACAUCCUAUUUGUCGAUAAGGGCAGCACCAUCUUAUACUCCUGCAAAGCGGACGAGGAAAUGGAAGUUUUUCUACAACCGGAACCGAGUUGGACUCUCGAAAAGGUCACCGAUCUCAAGGAGAUUACCACGAUUUAUGGCGAGAAACGAGAAGGUGGAGAACCACACACCAUUGUCAUGGAUCCUUUCGGCAUUUACAUAGCCAUCAUCUUCAAGGACCAGCCUUUUGUGUUGCUGGCUCUUCUGAUUUCCCCUCGAGGCUCUCGCUUGAUAUUCCGUCCCCUGGAAUAUAUUUGUUAUGAAGUUGAAGAAGCUGAUAAGUCUGAUAACGACAUCUUUCCGAUAUGCAUGGGUUUUGCGAAACCUCGAAUAGAUGAACCGCACAUCCGUUGGUUGGUGAUUGUUUGGAGCUCGGAACGCGUUCAGCGGAAGGUUUUGGAAGUAAAUACUAUGAAAGAAGCCCUCAAUAUUCACAGCCUUAAAAAUACUUAAAUAUCAGAAUAAAAAGAAUGAGAAGGCAGAGUCCAACUGCAUUUUAUCCUCCUGUUUCACUUUGCGAUUGCUGCUAUUAAAUACUCAUCCUUUCAUAUGAAUAUUCAAUGACUCCGCUUAUGCAAAUCGGGGUAGAGCUCGAGUGGCAGGCAACCAGUUUUCGGAUUCCACCUGCAACACACUUCUCGUUGGGAUUUUCGCCGCUUUUGCAAAGUAUUUUCCCUUUAUCCGGCCAGUCAGCUUAAUGCCAAUAAAUUGUUACUGAAAAAUUGGUUCCCACAUA